AUGACUGAUGACUGGGCUGGUCUGCCUCUCGAUGUAUUGGGGCAGAAGGUACCCUGGUCCGCUAUCCCCAAUUCCCUGGCCAGCAUUGAGUCAGCCCGUAAACGAGACGAUGCUGUUACCGUUCUCUGCCUGCCAAUCUCCGACGAUUCAGUUCACGCACCCGUCUUCGUCGGAGCUGGCGCUGUCUGGUUCGGCUAUUAUUAG